AUGGCCGUCGCUGAGACUGUUCCACCGUCUACUGUGAAACACUUCCCUCACAUCAAUGAUGACCCUUCUACCUUGCCCCCAUCCCUUGAUCCCUUCACCAUCACUACCUCCACUGGCUUCCUGCCCUACAGGCUGGCCCCUGCUACACUGCCAGAGGCCUUCAAGCCCCUCCAGUCCCUUAUGGACCGUCUUCCUGUUGUCAGGGAUGAUGGCUCUCCAGGUCUCUUGGCCACAUACCAACUGGGCCCAACCGUUCAUGCAGAGCUCCCUGACCUGACUGAGGAGGUGGACAAGCUUGUCACUAAGGAUGGGAAGCCUGACCUGUUCACCAUCACCACUGUGUUCCGGGACUAUUCCUUCCUGGCCUCUGCAUAUCUGCUGGAGCCCUGCUGGGAGAACUGGUGCAAGAACCCUCAAGGAGGCUAUGGAUUAGGGAGGGAUUUUCUGCCCAAGGCUAUUGCUGGACCAAUGUACCGCUGUGCUCAGAUACUGGACCUCCCACCUUUCCUGUCCUAUGCUGCAUCAUACUGUCUCUUCAAUUACACUCUUGACAAGCCAUCAGAGGGAUACCACUACAACAACCUCCGCCUGGUCAGGGCCUUCGAACGUGGACUCGACCCAAAGAGCUCCGAGGCUGGUUUCAUCUUGACGCAUGUUGACAUGGUCAAGGAGACCGCGCCCCUGAUCACUGGCGCAGUCAAGGUCCUCGACGCCAUUGAGCAAGGUGGUCAGAGGUCUGCAGUCAACGAUGGCUUUCGAGAGAUUUUGAAAGCCAUGGAGAAGAUCGAAGCUUGCAUGGAAGAAAUGUGGAAGAAUUCUAAGCCCUCCGACUACUUAUCCUUCCGUGUCUUCAUCUUCGGCAUCACCUCUCAGUCCAUGUUCCCCAACGGGGUGGUGUACGAGGGCAUCAAUGACAACAAGCCCUUGUACUUCCGAGGGGAGAGUGGUGCAAAUGACAGCAUUAUUCCCCUCCUCGACCAUCUCCUGCAAAUACCCAUGCCGGACACUCCCCUGACAAAAAUCCUCUACGAGUUCCGCGCCUACCGGCCACGUCCGCAUCGCGAAUUCCUCGCCUAUGUUGCUGACCGGGCUGAAAAGCGCGGCGUCCGCGAUUUUGCCAUUCAGGAUCCGGAGACGGCCAUCCUGUACCUCAAGACGCUCGACCACGUCCGCAGUUUCCGCUGGCGCCACUGGCUGUUCGCCAGGGAGUAUAUCAUCCGCAGGACGCCCCAUCCUACGGCCACGGGAGGCAGUCCGAUCGUCACGUGGCUACCCAACCAACUCUCAGCCGUGAUGGACCUGAUGAUUUCUACCUACGACACGUACCUCAAGGACAAGGACGACAACAUCACAGACGACGGUGAGCAUAGACAGAACGGGAACGCAAACGGGAAUGCACGCUCUAACGACGAUGCAGCCUUCAUUGCCGCAUACAGAAAGCAGCUCGCGUCGAUGAUGGAGGAGGUGCGCGAUCAGCGGGAGAAGCUGGCUCGAGAGGUCGAGCGGUGGUGCAAGGAGCGGGCGUCACUGUUGUUAUGGAUGUACGAUGUGCCAAAACUGGGACCUCUCACACCAAGAGUCCACCCUCCCAGGACCCGUUCGCUGAUGCUACGAAAACUCCCCACCUACUUAGCUUUUGGCGGGCAGGGUGUUUUACUAGACCAAUAA